AUGAAACUCAUUUCUGCGGUCUUUCUGACCACCUUUGCAGCAGUAGCACUAUCUGCACCUUCUGUAACAAUUGAUUCUGGUACCAUCGAUGGUGGGAAAUGCGCUGGGGGUCCAGAUGCAGUCUUCUAUAAGGCAAUCCCUUAUGCCGAGCCUCCGGUUGGAGAACUACGCUUUGAGCCCCCAAAGGCAUACAAGGCAAAGUUUCCCCGGGGCAAAAUUGAUGCAACAAUGUCCGCCCCGACCUGCAUUCAAUUCUCGGAUGACUUUACUCCUACGAAAUUAAACUCAUCUGCACUUUCCUCUGAGGACUGUCUAUACUUGGAUGUGUGGGCUCCUUCUUCUGCCACCACUGGUUCAAACCUUCCAGUGAAAGUUUGGGUCUACGGUGGCUCAGAGACAGAGGGCUCGGUCUCAGAUCCCCUUUACGACGGCUGCAACACCGCCGAUGCCGGCUCAAUCUUGGUGACAAUCAAUUACCGACUUGGGCCGUUGGGCUUUACAGCUUUGUCUAGUGCGGGAAUAUAUGGUAACCAAGGCAUUCAAGACAUCCUUCUUGGAUUGCAGUGGGUUCAGGAAAAUAUUGCGGCCUUUGGCGGUGACCCGAAAAAGGUGCUCCUCUUCGGGCAAUCAGCGGGUGCUGAGAAUGUCUAUAUCAUUGGAUCCCUUCCUCAAGCACCUGAUCUGGUCAAUAGCAUCAUCUCAGAAUCUGGUGGUGGUAGGAGCCUCGUUUCCAAUGCCACUCAGCAAAGAGUUGCAGCAUCAUAUUCCCAAGUGCUUAAAUGCAGCCCUUACGAUAAAGCGUGUCUGCAGUCCAAGACAGUUUCCGAUUUGCAAAGAGCAUACAGUAACGAUAUUUUCCUUACUCAAGGAGUUGGAUAUUACGGUGCACUGGGUGUUACUAGCCCCAAGAGCCAUGUUUUUUAUCCUUAUGUCGAUGGCAAUGUCAUCCCUAAGGACCCUUACGAUAGUGGUGUCAAUGUUCCAACAGUAUUCGGAUCUAAUUCCAACGAAGGUACAGUUUAUGCUAUCGAGUGGGCUGCAUCCAACCUCAAGAAAGGGAUAGAAGCAUCACCAUCUAUCUAUAAAGAUUUCCUCCGCCGAGACUUUGGCGAUGCCGCCUCGCUGGUUGGAAAAUAUUACAAGCCAGCUGACUUUGAAGCCUAUGCUGCACCUAUCGCUGCGAGUGGCAAGCUUCCUGGUUAUAAUACGACCUCACUCGCCAUUGUCUUUGCUAUGUCACAGGUCGUAACCGACUCCACGUACAAAUGCCCUGCAUGGUAUGGUGCGGUGCAAGCCAUGCAGAAAAAUAUCCCGACAUGGACAUACGAGUUCCAACACUCUCCCAGUUGUUCUUGGCUUUCCACAAUCCCCCAGAAGGCGGUUUCCUUUUUUGGCAGCACUCACACCGCUGAAAUUCCAUACGUCUUCGGUAACCUAGACAACGACUACAUUGUCAACGGGACCUGCAACUCAACAUCUGCUGAGUAUAGCCUCAGCAGACAGAUGAUGAACGCUUGGAGCGCAAUGGCAGAGAAUGCCGUUCCGUCGACCAAGGACAUUUCUUGGCCGCAAUUUGCGUCGGCGAAGAACCUUUCAACUCCAGGGAUGAUAUUUGGGAAAUCAUCUGUACCAGGCAUGAUUGAUUACUCUGUUUGUGACGUGUGGACUGAGGUUAAUGCCAUACUGUCCGCUGGCAAUGUUACAACCACAGGAACACCGACUAGUCGUAUUAGCAGUCCGACAUCCUCGUCAACCUCGUCUCCGACCUUCAAUGCAGCAGCAAACAUCCCGCCCACACGUCAAGGGAUUGCUGUUUUGGGACUGCUGGUUAUGGGCUCUGUCACAUUCACCUGA